AAAAAAAGAAAGUCAAUUCUCUUUUAUAAUACUCGACCUCAGUAUUUUGUCCAUUUUUCUUUUUUUUAACACACGUAUACACACAUACACGCACAUAUGUGUUUAACUUAUGUUAUAAUUCUAUCGAAGACAUGUAGGUUAGAAGUUUCAUACAUUUGACAUUAUAAUUAUGAAAUAUAAAUAAAAAAUAAUUUUAUUUUGUUUACGUUGAUAUUGGAAAUGAAUAAGAUAAUGUAUGAUCUUAAGACAUAUAAUAUAAAUACAUUUCAUACGAAGUGAACCAAUGUCUAUGACAGUACAUCGGACUUUGAUAAAUUGAACUACAAAUAAUUUUUGAAUGUAUAGUAUACAAUAAUCUAUGAAUUUAGGCGUAUUCAAUAGAGUUAAUCAUAAAGAUUCCCAAGGAGGAAUGUAUUCAGAAUGGGCUUCUUUAAGCAUUCUGAUUCAACAAGGUUCAGAAGAAAGUCAAAGUGUACUAGAAAAGUUUUCACCUGGAGCAGGAAAAGAAGUCGCAUUGUCUAUAGUACGUCAACUAGCUGCUAAUCUUGGUAUUACACAAGCAGCAGAACCUAGUCCCUUAUGCACUGAUAAAGAAGUACAGUGGUGUAUGGAAGUUAUUUGUUAUGGGCUUUCUUUACCAUUAGCUGAACAUGAUACUGUUAGAGAUUGUGUUAAUGUAUAUUGUGAAUGGCUAUCUGCAUUAUAUUCUACACCAAAAAUUUCUGUACCAAGGCCAAUUAUAGAUGAUCCAAAUUUUUAUGCUAGAAAGAUUAUAAGUCAUUUUCAUAAUUUAUUUAUACCUCGAAAAGGAGAAGGAAGUGAUACUAUAAAUAGACAAGCUGUGUUAUGUCAUAGAGUUCUUAGAACACUUCAACAAAUUGCAAGAGGUCCAGCAUCAUUAGAAAGAGAAACUUGGGAAAGUUUAUUAUUAUUUCUUAUUGGAAUUAAUGAUGCAUUAUUAGCUCCACCAGCAACAAGAGAAGAUGCUGGUGAACAGCUAUGUGAAAGAGUACUUGGUGUAUUAUUAGAGGUAUGGCUGGUAGCUUGCGAACGUAAUUUUCCUGCUCCACCUUUAUGGCGUACAUUACGAGAAUCAUGCCUUCGAUGGAGGCACAGAUUAGCUUUAAUAGAACAAUGGAAUCGUGUGUGCCUAGCACUCACAGCAAGACUUUUACAAAUCAUGUAUGGACCAAUGUUCCCAGAGUUAAAAAUAAGUGAAGAAGAUGCACAACUUGUACCAUCAACAAUGUCGGAGGAAGCUGUUGCACAAGCAUGGUACAGACUUUUGCGAACUAUUGGAGAUCCUGUGGAUUUAUGCAGGCCAGCCGUAGUAUCACAAACUCAAGCAUUUUUCCAAUAUGCUAUUGCUAGCCCAAACGUUAUAGAUCCUUGUCAACAUCCAUGUCUACAGGGAUUGCCACAAAUAUUCUUGAAAGCUAUAAAAGGAAUAGCUGGACAGGUUGAUGCAUUUCUUGGAGUUUCACAAGCAUGUUGCUGGGAAGAAUGUUGCGUAUCCAACAUUGCAUCUGGAACCAAUAAUAAUGGAAACAUAGGUGUUGGGUGGGACAGAUCAAGUGGCAAGGACCAACCACAACCCUCCCCUACACCUCCAACACAACGCCGACUUGCCAAAAGUUUCAGUGUUACACCUUCUGCGGUUACUAAGGGGAUACCAAAAGCUUCUUUAAUUGGUUUAACAACCAGUCGCGUAUCUAGUACACCCCCAAUGUUGAUAUCAAAUUCCGGGCCAUCAUCAGCAUCUAGUACAACUUCUAUGACAUCACUUGGUCAAGAUAUUCGACCUCCUUUAGCACCAGGAAGACCUAAGUGCAAUAGUAUAUUACAUCUUUUUGGUGAAUGGUUAUUCGAAGCUGCAUUUAUAGGAACAAAUGGAUGGUCACAAAAUUUACCACAACCAUCAGGAGCAUCAAAACGUCCAUCUUCAGUACUUGUAGAUGGGCCAAGUUCAUUACAAGAAACUGUUAGUGAAGUACCUCCUACACUUUGUAUAGAUCGUUAUGAAUCAGGUAGAGCAGAAGCUAUGGGUGCACUCUGUAGAAUCUUUUGUGCCAAAAAAACUGGAGAAGAAAUAUUGCCAGUUUAUUUAGCAAGGUUUUAUCAAGCAAUGCAUCAUGGUCUCAAAUUAGAUGAUACAAGAGAGUGUGGUGAAACAUUAGCAUAUAUUCUUUUAAAUUCGUCCGAUUUAUUUCGUUUAGACUUGAACGGUGUACAAGUAUUAGUACCUGCAGUAUUAUCUGCUUUGGAACUUGUACUACCUGAGAAAGAUUUAAAAUUAAAAUCUAAUAUAGUUUCAAAACCAGAUUUAAGACGAGCUUCGAUACAUUUACUUAUAUCGAUGUUGGCAUUACCAUUACACUUUCAGAAUCUCCCUAUCAAAGAACUUCCAACAUUUCCAAACACAUCUUCUGAAAAAACUCAAGUAACCUUUGCACAAUUAAAAUCAAGAUUGAUGAAUUUGCUUAUCAAUGCAUUACAAGUAGAAACUGAUCCACAAAAUACUCAUAUGCUUCUAGGAGGUCUUUUAUUAAGUGUACAAGAUUCUGCUGCAGCAGAAGAGGUUGAACAAGUCACCCAACCAGAUGCAGUACCAAAUGAUGCAACAGUUAAUUUAUUAUCUUCAGUUACCAGCGAUUCAGCCAGUCAAAUAAGCAUAUCCAGUGAUCAACGUUCGCUCGGUGAUGCCUCUGAUAUAGCAACUCUUCAAGAGGAAUGCAUUGCAUUCGAUUCGGCACAUGCUCUUUUCGUACGAGCCACGUAUCUCGUUUGUCACAGGUUGAUAUCUUCAUGGAAAACAGAUUUAAACAUUUCACUGGCUGCACUUGAAAUGUUAUCAGGAUUGGCAAGAACACGAAUUCGAGAAACAGCAAGGAAACUCACAGAUGCUUUGGAAUGCAAACGAGCUGUAAAAUGGUUAUGUGAUUAUAUUGCAUAUCAAUGUUGGCGACCUCCUCCAGCACAUUCCAAAGAUUUGCAUUCUUCUAUUGUAGCAGCAUUUGGUUGUUUAACGACCUGGUUAACUGCUCAUUCUCAAUUACUACAGGAUAAAGAUUGUUUAACAACAGUAUUAGAAGUAGUAGAAUUAGGAGUAUCAGGUACAAAAAGUAUUGGUAAACCAGGUGAACCAAUUAAAAUGAAGGAUGAAAAAGAAUUAAAGCCAGCAUCUAUGCGUGUUAGAGAUGCUGCAGAAGCUCUUCUUACAAUAAUAUUAGAACAGGUCGGUUAUUUUCCUAGUGCUUGUGGUGCACAGUCAUUGUCAUCUUUACUGGAUGAAGUAUCAUUGCUUCGGCAUUGCAAUAGUUGGACUGGUGGUCGUGUUGCUCGGCAAGCAGCAGUUGAAAGAUUCCGUUAUUUUGUUGCCGAAAAUGCAACGAUUCUAGCUUUAUUAGAAGAACCUUUAGGAAAUGAUCAGGAUCCACAACCUACUGUAACUGUUUUAAUACGCGGACCAUUUGGUAGACAUGCAUGGACUCUGCAAUUACGACAUUUGCCACGUCAUAGAUCUAGUAUUAGAAGCGUAAAUACAAAUCCUGGCCGACCUUUACCAUUGAAUGAAGCGGCACCAAGAACGGAUUAUAAGCCUAAAUUUUUCCCCGACAAUGUAGAUAGAAUACCUCACUGCAAAGUAGAUGAGUCAAUACCUAGCCUUGAAGCUGUUAUGAAUGAUAACGAAUCAAUUAGAAACGAGCAUGAGCUAUUAUCGCAGUUGCUGGAACGUCAGAUAAAUCUAGAAAAAAAAUAUGAUGAUGUCAGUAAUAAGGAAAUAGAUGAAAAAACUGAGGAAUGUGCACCACCACAAAUAUGUCACGAAUUCCAAACUGCUCGUUUAUUUUUAAGUCAUUUUGGUUUUCUCAAUAUUGAAAAUAGAGAAAGUGAAGAGUCCGGAAAUAGUACUCUUACUGCUUUAGAUCCUACUAUUCCAGGAUUUUGUACGGAUUUGGAAACAUUAGAUAAUAUUAGUUCAAGAACAUGUGAUACUGUUCAUAUAUUUUAUGUCAAAGCAGGUCAGAAAACAGCACCCGAAAUAUUGUCCAAUGUACUUCAUGAAAAAAAUGUAUCACCAAAUUUUUUGGAAUUUCUUAAUUCACUUGGUUGGCCAGUAACAGUUUCUGCACAUGCUGGUUGGACUGGCCAUGUUUACACCUCAUGGAAAGUAACUCCACAAAUGAACGUUUCACAAUCAACUACUAGUGAUCAUGGUGGUUCUCUUUAUAAUGGUGAUACACAUGUAUUAUAUUGGGCGGAUGUCAGUGCAGAAAUUGCAUUUGUUGUACCAACACAGUCAUUUAUAAUGACAAAUUCAGAUUCGUUAGAAGAAGCUAGUUAUACAAGUGAUACUAGUAAUGGUCAAUCUUGGUUUGAAAGAAGUAUUAGUGAAAGUGGUGGAUCUCGUUCCUGUACCAUUCCACAGAAUUCAAGAACAAUGUCGCUUGAUUUUGAAAAACAACCAUCAAGUUUUUCAGGCUCAGGUCCACCUAGUUCCUCAAGUGCGGAUCCUGUUAAACCAAGAAGAACAACAAAACAUUCUUUACCAAUACAAACAGAUACAAGAAUUAUGGUGGUAUGGCUAGAAAGCUUGGAAGAUUAUACUCAUUUUCCAAUUGGAGAUAUUCUACCAUUUACACAUACUGGUUUAGAAUAUUGUAGAACAGUUCAACCUUCUGAUGUACAAGUAAUUUUUCUUCAAUCCCUUGCUAGUGGACUCAUGAGAGUCAGAUUACAAGGUCCAACUUCUAGAAUAAAUUUAGCCACUCCAUUGAUUGAUGGAAUGGUUGUAUCUAGAAGAGUAUUAGGUACUCUUGUCAGGCAAACGGCGUUAAAUAUGGGUCGGCGUAAAAGACUUGAUAAUGACAGCUAUCAUCCACCACAUGUUAGAAGAAGAUUGAAGAUUCAGGAUAUGGUUCAGAAAUAUAAAAGAAAUUUAUCUGAACCAGAAUUAUUAACACUUUUGUUUAGUAGUACCCAAACGUAUUAAAUUUUUAUAAAGAAUCAAUAUCCUACAUUAUAAAUAUAUUUCUAAUAUACUUAAUUCUAAAAUCAAAAUCUUAUUGUUUUCUAAAAUAAUAAUGCACAUAAAGGUAUAUAAAUUGCACAAAAAAUAAAUUAUACUGUUUAUCUUAGUUAUAUUCAAUCUACUCUUUAUGUGAUUAGAUAUAAAACUUUUUCCAUUGUAAAAUAUUAUUAUAUACUUUGAUUACAUAAUUUGAUUUAAUCCAACAAUGUAGUAUGUCAUAAUGCUAAACUAUAUCGUAUGAUUAAAUUAAUUGGCUUCUUUAAGCAACAUUAAAA